UUACAUCAGCUGACUGCGGUCACAGGAAAACGCAGAUCCUCCGUCGACCUUCUCCUCGGUGCAGUUCUCGGGUUUCUGCUCCGUUUCAGCGCCGCCGUCCGCAGCUUCUCUCCCCCAUCAUGGCGAGUCAGUCCCAGGGAAUCCAGCAGCUGCUGCAGGCCGAGAAGAGAGCGGCCGAGAAGGUGGCAGAAGCCCGCAAACGUAAGAACCGUCGUCUGAAGCAGGCGAAGGAAGAGGCGCAGGCCGAGAUCGAACAGUAUCGACUGCAGCGAGAGAAGGAGUUCAAGACCAAAGAGGCGGCUGCCCUCGGUUCCCAUGGUAACAGCGCAGUGGAGGUGGACCGUGACACGGUGGAGCGGAUGGGUCGUAUCCAGGCAAGUUACCGUGGUAACCGGGAGGCGGUGCUUGGAGAGCUGCUGCGACGCGUCUGCGACAUCCAGCCAGAAUUCCACGCCAACUACCGUGUGGCUGGCUGAGGGGGCGGGGCAUGAGACACCAGGGCGGAUGAGACCACAGGGAGCGGGGUAAACAGAGGCAACAUGGAUGUCAGCAACAUCUUAUCUUUGAUCAGAGCUUUUUAGUUUCAUGUUUUUGUUUUUCAGACAAACUAAAUUCUUCUAAACAUGAGAAAAAUAUCCAAACUUUUAUUUUGAAGGUGAGAAGUUCAUGUUUGUCGUGUUUUCCUGCUCCAUAGGACGAUGGAAACGUAAAUACAUUUUGGUGUUACUGUGCUGAUGUUUACAGAAUAUUUAUGUAUAUCAGAGUUAAGUUUUUUGUCUUGUUUAUGUUAAAUCUUUAAAUCUCUCCUGAACCUAACAAAGUCUUUGUUCACUGUAUGUUUGUCAGGUGAGAAAAUCAGCCAAUCAGGUGAUGCUUUAAAAUCAAAUUAAACUAAAAGAUGAUGCUGAUUGGCUGUUUGUCUCUGAACUCUCCUCGCUCUCUAACCUGAUUGGCUGGAGGAAGUGGAAAGGCCUUUAUUGUGAAACUCUUGUCCAGUUUCGCAGACUUUUGUUGUUUCCUGUGUGAUUGUGUGACUUCCUGUUGAUGUUUGUGAAGUGAUGAUGAUGAAAAUAAUAAAAUAUUAAACUGA